AUGGCAGACAAGCCAGACAUGGGGGGAAUAGCCAGCUUCAAUAAGGCCAAGCUGAAGAAAAUGGAGACAAAGAAGAAGAACACCCUGCCAACCAAAGAGACCACUGGGCAGAAGAAGCAGAGGAGAAGAGAUAUUAAACCCUUUGAUGAUGCUGAUGAUACUGAUGCUGAUGUUGAUGAUGACGAUGAUAAUAAAAAUGAGCUAAAAGAAAUGGAAAACAUUUUUGUCCAGUACUCAAUAAAGUACAGUAUGUUUUAUGUCCUGUCUACUCCACUUAUUCACCUGCAGUUUUACAAGGAGAAUCGUAAUUGGAUAAAAUUAUCUAAUGGUUUAUGCAGGAGGAUAAAUGCCCACGAAUAUUUCGAAAAUGUUCAAAAAGAAUACACUCAUCGAGGGGGCCCUCACGUGACCUGGAGCUGCAGAGCGACGCAGCCUUCGGUGCAGUCGUCACUCCCGUCUGAGUACCGGCUCCCCGCGGUCCUGCGCCGGGCGGGCUGGCAUCAGGCCCGAGGAAAGCGGAGCAGGUUUGCGGGUGUAGGUGUCAAGUGUCGUGGUGGUGCACUCACGGCGAGAAUCGGGAGGAGGAGACAGCAAGGAUAG